AUGCCGAGGACAGCCCCCUCUCUCCGGCUCGCCGAUGAUGGUGUGACGUUUUGGAAGUGUGGCGACGUCGGCUGGCGACCGUGUUGCAGCCAUCAGGUCAGCAGACCGGGCCACUUGGAGCCGGAAGAUAGACCCUUUGUGAACAUCUUUAUCCGCGGUCAUGUUUACGCUUCUAUCUAUCUAUCAAUACAUAUGUGUGUAUGUGUGUGUGUCGAGGGGGUGGUGGUGAAAGGGAGGACAAGUGGCGAGUGGAUGGAGGGUGGAGAUGAAUGGAGCUGCGAAGCCCCUCCUCGAUACCUCCGGGGUCUGGCAGCAGAAACGCUGAAACUGGUCUCGCCUCGGUCCGCGAUAGGAGGCAGUGACGAGCACAAAGGCAGACGCCCAGGCGAUUGGCGUCUGUUUACAUUGGUGUUAGGCGACAGACCGACAGGAAGGCCAUCGCAGACUCAAGUGGUCAGUGGCGAGGCAGGAGAUUUCACUGCCUCUGAAACUUAA